GGCAGGCUGCUUGUGUUUGCUUUCCCCAAAGAAUCCAGCUCAGGGUCCUGAAGUUUACAAGAGUUUGGCUCCCAUUUCCAGGACUCUGAACACCUCAGGGCACCUUGGCUCUUAAGCCCUCUUGGCCUUUGUGACCCCACAAGAAUGCUGCUCCUGUUCUUCCUGUCUUGGUCCUUCUGCCACUGGGCAUAUGGGGCAGAAUCUCAUACCUUCACCAUGGUCCAGCAUGCUUAUUUUUCAAAUGAUACUUCAGUGAAAAUUGUUGGUCACGCCACUCUGGAUGGGAGACGGACCCACAGCCUGGAGAGCCAUAAUGACCAUGUCAACGUAAGCCAACUCCUUUCACUGGAGUCUUCAGACUGCUGGGAGUUGAGGAGGAGCAGGCUCCGUGAAUAUCUAAGUCAAUUGAAGGCUCUGGUCCAAGUACUUACUAGGGAAAGGAAUGUAUCAUAUCCCCUAGAUGUAUAUUGCACUGCAGAAUGCCAGCUGUCUGAGAAUGGCACCAACAAUUUCUAUGAAGUUUUGCUCAAUAAGGCUAAAUUCCUGAGAUUUCACGCAGCCAAGAAUCACUGGAAACCGUUACAAAAAACAUCUGCAGCCAUCUAUGCCAGUACAAACCUGAACAAAUACAAUGAGACCAGCACAGAUCUACAGUUCUUCCUACAGGAAACUUGCAUCAACUUCAUCAGGGAACACACUGAUGUGAAAGGAGCCUUGAUUGGGAAACAUGACGGACGCUCACGCUCACAUACUCCACUGGUGUUAGGCAUCAGCAUUGGUGUCCUUGCUGUAAUGGGUCUGGCUGUUUGUAUCUUCCUAUGCACAGGCGGGAGGAGAUAGCACCAGUCACUACUCCAUAUGAACUACCAGCUCUCUAGAUUGCCUAGCCCAGUUAACAGAAGGGGGAAGAUGCGGACUUAUACUUGCAGUAACUAGAUAUGCACGCCUUCUACCUUCAUGUUGUACCUAUGUGCAUGGUGAGCUCUACAGAAGCAGCAAAACCACCAGUAACAAAGGAAUAUUUCGUAUUAACAACCUGGAGAAAUGACUCAUUCACUCAGCCUCUGAAGUGCCUGAGGAUUCAUUUGAGCAUUCUGUGGCUUGGAGAACCCAACUGGUACCAGGCGUUAUAAUCAUGUUGCACUAGUCCUCACAUGGCCCAAUUCACAAGGUUGAUUUUGGCCUAUAAAGCUCUGAACAGCUUGGGAUCAUGGUACCUAACAGAAUGUUUCCUCACAUAUGUUUCUACCAAUGCCUCAUGCUAAUCCAGAGGAGUCCUUUGAAAGUCCCCUCUUUGUGAAACUCAGAGGUUGGCAACAAGCAUGUUUCUUCAUUGCGAUUGCUUCAUUCUGGAAUGCUUUUUUGGGUGGGAUGGGCUAGGGAUGUUGAAAUUCCCUACCACCUACAUUACUAUCAUUUUAGUACCAGCCUACAUUUCCCCCGUCUUUGUAGGCUGAAAGCCAGCGUGGUGUAGUGGUUUGAAUUAUGAUCUUGGAGAUCAGCAUUUGAUUCUCCACUUGAGCAUACAAACCCACUAGGUAAGCUUGGGCAUUUUCUCAGCCUUGGAGGAUGGCGAUGACAACCCCCCUCUGAAGAAACUUGACAAGAAAAUCCUGAUAGAUUCACCUUAAGGUCACCAUAAGUAAAAAAAAUGACUUGUAGGCACAAAGCAAAAGAAUUCUGGCAUUAUUAGUAUUUCAGAUUUAGAGUUUUAGUCCUUGCAGUGUCUUUAGCUUUUGUAUUUGUUUAUAUUUUUUAGUAUCCAUAUUAUAUUUAUAAUGUUGUGUCACUAAGUUUGGUUUUAUGUUGUGCUGAAAUUUAUUGUAUUGUUAUACAGCGCGGCCACGCUAUACAUGGCUUUGAGCAUAUUUGCUCAAGCUGUGUGGGGCACAAGGGGCAGCGUGUCCCAUUUGGAUGAAUGUAUUUUAAUUAUUUUAUUUGUAUGUUGAUAUAUUCUUUCAAUGGGCCUAAAAGCACCAGAUCCCAUCUGAUCUUGGACGGUAAGCAGUGUCAGCCCUUGUCAGUACUUACAUGAGAGACUACAGACAAAUACAGACAGCCAUCCGUAUCCACAGAUACUUCACCCAUGGCUUGAAAGUAUUUAAAAAUAUAUACAGUCCAAAAAGCAAAUCUUGAUUUUGCCAUUUUAUAUAAGGGACACCAUUUUAUUAUGCAGUUAUAUUUAAUGGGACUUGAGCAUUCAGAGAUUUUGGUAUCCAUGGGGAGUCCUGGAACCAAAUGCCUAUGGAUACCAAGCUGUACCAACUACUGUUAGGCUAUAUUUUAGAAGAGAUUUGCAAAAUUGCCUCUGAAUAAUCCUUCCCUAAGAAAAUUCUACAAAAGUCAUACGGUCACCGUAAGUUGAAAGGUGACAUUUUCACACUGUACUGUGUAAUGCCUAGUGUAAAGUAUUUGUUGAAGCAUUUAGCAAGUACAUUUGGACAUGCACAUAAAUGAACAGGGUGGGAGCAAGAACAACAAUGCAUAGCAUAAAAAGGACCAAAUGCUUAGACAUCUUGUUCUUCAGUUUUUCUCUAGUAUUCUCUUGAAGGAUAGAACUAUGACCCCCCUAUUUAUUUCAUACCAAGAACUUGAAAAAUGGACAAAUGGGAUUUAUGAAUGGACUUAAAAUGGAAUUUACUGAUAUGCUGUGAUACUGACCACUGGGAUAGAACAAUUCAUGAAGAAUAAGUUAUCUGUGGCUAUUAAGCAGCUAGACUAAAUUAAAUCUCCAUCCCUAGAGGCAGUAUGUCACUUAAUAUCAGAUGACAGGGAGAGGAGAAAUAUUGCCUUAUUUGUGGACUUAAUGGAAUCAUCUACCAGUAUUUGAAAUGAUCCCUGUAAAAAUAGGAUGCAAGACAAGAUGGGUCUCAUUGUCUGAUCUACCAGUAAUGUUCUUGUUGAUUUUAGAUGUAGAGUUGGGCAUCACAUUAUGUAUAGUUUAUCUUCAGAAAAGGUAUUUACAUCAGAUUGCAUGAAUUUGAACUGGGAAGUUAUAUUCAAGGCAAUAUGAUAUACCUUAGUGACUGUUCUGUUUAUAGCUUCAAUACUCUCCUUAUCCUAUCUCCAAUUCAAUAGAAGGCAGUACUGUACACAGUGAUAAUUUACACCAAAGGCAAAACAAGCAUUUAGGAAUAGUAGGAGGAGAAGUGUGACUAUCAGGAGAAUUCGCAGUAGCAGAGACUUCCUACUUUAUCUCAAUUGGAGAAUAGAAAUAAUGCUUCUCAGAGAAGCUACUAUCAAGCCUCUCCUUCAAACAGAACUUACAAGAAAUCAAGAUGCAAUUACUUCCCUUCCCCACCCCAUAUCUCUUUUAGACUACAGCAGAAAUUCUAACAUUGGUACUAACUCCACAUAUUUUAUCCUUGCAACAGUACUGAGUAGGAAGUCAAAAAUUGUUAAGUAGUACAUGUAUGACAUUUGCAAGUGCAUUGAAAAUCCACUUGAAAACUGUGCUGUUAACCCUUUCUGGAUUAUACCCCAAAUUGCUUUCUGUAGAACAGCAGACUUGUGGAUUUCAGAUCUCAGCUGACUGGGAAAAAACUAAAGGAAAAAACAACAACAGUAUAUGAAUUCCCUCCAUUUCACCUUGACUAUUUUUUCUGUUUAUGGAUCAAAGCUCAUAAAAGUAUUUCUAACAAUAUGGAGUAAGUGGAAGAA